UUCCCUGCACUGAGUGAAUGGAAGAGUCUCCAGGAUUUUCUUCUGCUUCUCGCCCUGGACUGGAGAAGUGAGGGGACAUCUCUCUAUCCUCAUCCAUCUCGCUCCAUCCAUACCCGAAAGGAUUUGAGACAGUGCAAUGUGUUUUCAUCCUCUUGCCGCUGCAACCACUUGAUACUAUGCAAUGCGCAGGGAGAGGGCUUUGCAAAAUGGAUUUGUUCGAUUUUAAAGGAUUUCUUCUCUAAUAAGGAUCGCAUUGCACACAAAUAUGACUAAAUCCCCAAUUUGGUAAAUCUUUCUUCCCCCCCACCCCUCCUCUUUGGGUUCCCUCCCGCCCACCCCCACCCCUUCAGAGGAGCAAGCACAGGGAGCUGAUGACGGACCCAUUAAUCCCUUCUUCAAUGCAUCAAAAGAAGCCGAAGGGCUGGAAGUCGCUGGGCUCGGAGUCCUGCAGGAAAUGCUUCGAUCUGCUUUUGGUUUUGUAUGAAACUGGUGACUAGGGGCUCGGCUAGCCCCGCCGCCGCCCGCCGGCACCUGGAUGCACGGGUCGCCGCCGCCGCCGCCGCCUUGCCCGCCGCCGCGAUGCAACGCUUCUGGUGGUGCUGCCGGUAGCUCGGGUGCGAUGGGAGCGAGCCGGCGGUGAUUAGUGGAAGGCGGCGAGGGAGAGCGAGCGAGAGGAAGGGCUGCUCCGCUCUGCUGUGUGUGGGCUUCAGGAUUUUUUUUUUUCUUCUUCUUCUUCUUUUCCUACUUCCAUCCUCUCCCCACCACUGGAAGUCCUCCCGUAUCUAAAUGGAAUUAGUGGAGACCGAAGCCCCUUGUGUAAGGCACAGACAUGACCCAUGGGCGCAGCUUCUUUCACAUUGUAGCAAGUCUAAUCAUCCUACAUUUGUCUGGGGCAACCAAAAAAGGAACAGAAAAGCAGACUACUGCCGAAGGACAGAAACCAGUGCAGUGUGGAACUUGGACAAAAUAUGCAGAAGGAGGCGUCUUCACUUCUCCCAAUUAUCCCAACAAGUAUCCUCCUGACAGAGAGUGUGUCUACAUUAUUGAAGCUGCCCCUAGACAAUGCAUUGAACUACACUUUGAUGAAAAAUAUUCCAUAGAACCUUCAUGGGAGUGUAAAUUUGACCAUAUUGAAGUACGAGAUGGACCUUUUGGCUUUUCCCCAAUCAUUGGACGUUUCUGUGGACAGCAAAAUCCACCUAUGAUAAAAUCCAGUGGCAGAUUUCUGUGGAUUAAAUUUUUUGCUGAUGGUGAGCUGGAAUCUAUGGGGUUUUCUGCUCGAUAUAAUUUUACACCUGAUCCCGAUUUUAAGGACCUUGGAGUUUUGAAACCAUUGCCAGUUUGUGAGUUUGAGAUGGGAGGACCUGAAGGAAUUGUGGAAUCUGUACAAAUUGUCAAAGAAGGAAAAGCCUCUGAAACUGAAGCAGUAGACUGUAAAUGGUACAUCAGAGCACCACCCAGAUCCAAGAUAUACUUGCGAUUUUUGGACUAUGAGAUGCAGAAUUCCAAUGAAUGCAAAAGGAAUUUUGUCGCUGUUUAUGAUGGAAGCAGCUCCGUGGAGGAUUUAAAAGCAAAGUUUUGUAGCACUGUUGCUAAUGAUGUAAUGCUGCGGACGGGUCUCGGUGUGAUCCGCAUGUGGGCAGAUGAAGGCAGUCGAAGCAGCCGAUUCCAGAUGCUCUUCACAUCUUUCCAAGAACCCCCUUGUGAAGCCAACACAUUCUUUUGCCACAGUAAUAUGUGUAUUAAUAAUACAUUGGUCUGCAAUGGACUCCAGAAUUGUGUGUAUCCUUGGGAUGAAAACCACUGCAAAGAAAAAAGAAAAGCUAACCUAUUGGACCAACUUACCAAUACCAGUGGGACCAUAAUUGGGGUGACAUCUUGCAUUGUUAUCAUCCUCAUUGUUAUCUCUGUGAUAGUACAGAUCAAGCAGCCUCGUAAAAAAUUUGUCCAAAGGAAAACAGACUUUGAUCAAACGGUGUUCCAGGAGGUGUUUGAGCCUCCUCAUUAUGAGUUAUGCACCCUCAGAGGGACAGGGCCUACAGCUGACCUUGCUGAUGUUACAGAUGACUUUGAAAAUUAUCAUAAACUGCGGAGAUCAUCUUCAAAAUGCAUUCAUGACCAUCACUGUGGAUCACAAGUGUCUAGCACUAAGGGCAGCCGUAGUAACCUCAGCACAAGAGAUGCUUCUGUCUUGACAGAAAUACAACCCCAACCUGUAAAACCACUCAUUCAGCCCAUGAACAGGAGAAAUAUCCUUGUCAUGAAGCAUAGCUACUCACAAGAUGCUGCAGAUGCGUGUGAGAUAGAUGAAAUUGAAGAGGUACCAACCACAAGCCACAGGCUGUCCAGACAUGAUAAAGCUGUUCAGCGGUUCUGCCUCAUUGGGUCUCUAAGCAAACAUGAGUCUGAGUACAACACAACUAGGGUCUAGGAGACAAACUUGAGAAACACUAUUUAUACAAUCAAGGGAACUGUGAAUGGAAAAAUCUAUAGUGAACUAUUUCAGCUAUCAGGAAGAAAGAGUGGACAUGUUUCAAAUUUCAUUUCACUGCCUUUAUCCAAACUUAAAAAUUACAGACAUUUCUUACUUCUUUUGAAAGGGAUUCCCACUGCACAAUAAUAUGUUUAUUUUGUAAUUUGCUUGCUGGCCACCAAGUGCUCCUUAGUUUUUAAAUACAUUAUCAGGUUUACUACAAACUUGAAGAGAUUAACUCAUGACUGAGACUGUCCCUACUUCUUUUUUCCCCCUUUUUCUUUUUUCUUAGUUUUAUUUUAGUUGAUAUGUUUUAAGUUUGUUAUCUACUUGUUUGUUGUGUUAUAUGUGGAAGAAGAUUACAUUGAACUUUUGUUGUAUGUACAUUGUUUUCAUUAUAUAGACUGCUUGAGAAUAGUGCGCUCCUGGGUGAUUUUGAACAUGCUACAAUGAAAUGUGAAACUAUCGACCUUGGAACCACCAGCUAGAGGUUUUAUGGACUCUCUGACCAGCUAUUCUCAUAUCAUGACAAAAUUCAGCAGUGUUGAGUAAAAUUACUAGAAGGCAAUAAGACUUUCAUUAUUAUGCUUAUCAGUCAUUUCUCUUUUCUAUUUCUCUUUUCUUUUCAUUGCAAGUUAAAUUCCCAAUUUCAGGAACAAUUUAUUGAAAUCAGGUAUUUAGCCAUUCAUAAUCACUUCAAUAGAAAUGUUUGUUGGAUAAACAUCUAGCAAUAUGACUGAAUUUGACACUGAGAAAAUAAUUUGCAUGUAUGUUACUGAAUAUUUGAGUUGGCAAAAAUCCCCUUAUUAGACACAUUGUAAAAAAGCAUGCAUUCACAAUUGUUGCUGUUACUGUUCUGUUUCUGUGUCAUAUGCUUGCUACUUGUAACUUUUUAUAUAAAGAUACAUAAAACAAUGUAUAAUAAUUUCCUACCUUGAGUUUAAUGUCAAUGUUUUCUUUUACUAAAUUUACAGAUUUUGUAGAAUUAAUGAGUUUAACCUGUAGGAACUGGAAAGUCAGACACAUCAGAGAAUCAGCUGCCUCACACCCCUUACUUAUUGAGAAAGGAAAGACAUUAAUUUCUUGAGAUUUAAUUGAAUUCGUAUUACAUA